AGGCCCAUCUUUAUGGCAGUAGACACAAGAAGAUUUCCCUAGAAAGUUUGUUUAUAAUUUUAUUUCGCAAAAAUGAUAACUUUAUCAAGAAAACUAAAAAAAGAAAGUGUUGAAAUUAAAGAAAACUGUGAUAUGACUAAAAGAAUCUCAAUCAGAGAUAGGCUUUUAGUGAAAGAAAUUCAAGAAAUGGAAAAUACCUUACCUAGUACAUGCAGAACAACAUUCACCGAUCCGAAUGUUCUCUUCGAAUUUGUUCUUUGUAUUUGUCCUGAUGAAGGUUUUUGGAAAGGUGGCACUUAUAAGUUUGUAAUAAACGUCCCAGAGGAAUAUAAUAUGGUACCUCCAAAUGUUAAAUGUCUGACGAAACUAUGGCAUCCAAAUAUAUCAGUCACUGGGGACAUUUGUUUGUCACUUUUAAGGCAAAAUUCUAUUGAUGGACUAGGAUGGGCACCCACUCGAAAAAUCAAAGAUGUUAUAUGGGGACUAAACUCUCUUUUUACGGACCUUCUUAACUUUGAUGAUCCACUUAAUAGCGAAGCUGCUGAACAAUAUCAACGAGAUCAAAAAGAAUUCCAAUCUAAAGUAAAAGAAUAUGUGUUGUUAUAUGCGAGUAGAUAAUGUUGUAAUUUUUUCUAGGACAAAUUUGUUUAUUUAUUGUACUUUGCUUUUAUUUUAAAUACUUUAACUAUAUAGGAUUAACGCAUUUUGUUAUAAUUUUUUGAUUUCAAUAAGAUAUAAAAAAAACGCGUGUUAACUCCAAUCAGAUUCGCAGCAAUACAAAAACUAUCAAUUUAUAUUUGGACUAUGUUCUACAAGCUAAAAAAAUUAUUAAAUAGAUUUAAUUA